GCCAAGAACCAACACUACCUCAUUCAUACAAAAAUGAGUUUUUUAGAACUAACAGAGCCAUGGGGCAAGCCAGCUAAAAAUGUUUUCUUUCCUACAUCCAGUGAUGUUCAACAAAAUGCUGCUCCAGUGAUUUCACGAACAACACAACCUAUUGUAACAGGUGCCUCCGUAAUUGCAUUGAAAUUCGCAGAUGGUGUUAUGAUUGCUGCUGAUAAUUUAGCAUCUUAUGGAUCUUUGGCUCGCUUUUUUGAUGUAGAGCGUCUCACAAAGGUCGGAAACAAUACAAUCGUCGGUAUUGGAGGCGACGUUUCAGAUUACCAACAUCUACAACGAAUUCUUGAGGAUCUUGAGAUUAAAGAAAGCAACUAUGGAGAUGGUUAUGCCCUGCAACCCUCUCAUAUCCAUGAAUACUUGUCUAGAGUAUUUUAUGCUCGUCGUAAUAAAAUGGAUCCUUAUUGGAACCAAGCCAUUGUUGCCGGUGUCGAUGGCAGUCAAAAGGAACCAUUUGUGGCUUUUGCUGAUUUGCGUGGUAACACCUAUACUGCACCUGCGAUUGCUACCGGAUUUGCUAUCCAUCUUGCUCUUCCGUUGAUGCGUAAGGUGACGGACGACGACCGCUGGAAAACUUUAUCAAAGGAGCGUGCUCGCGCUACCAUAGAUGACUGUAUUCGUGUCCUUUACUAUCGUGAUGGAAGAAGUUUGAACAAAUUUAGCGUUGCUACCAUUACAGCAGAUGGCAUCGAUUUCCAAACCAACCAGUCUGUUUCCUCUGAAUGGGCAUUUGCCGAAAAGCAGUAUGGUUAUGGCACGCAAGAAGUAUAAUUUUGAUAUGAGUUUGUAAUGUCGAGACUUAUGAAAGUGAAUUAGCGAUAAGACGGUUUGGAUAGCAUAUGAAAAUAUCAAGUAUAGAGUUGAAUUUCCAAAGAAAGAUGUCGCAUAAAAACUUGAAAAGAAAAUUUAAAUAUCAGAACGUUUUUAUAAGCUUUGUAAGCUUCAUGCUAUGUGAGCGAAUGAGAGAGUGAUAAAGCACAGUAAUAAAAAAAACCCCUC